CGCAGUCACGCACGCGCGCGCCCUCACAGCCUACCUCUGAAACUCUGGAUACGCGACAUCCGAUAUUGAAAUGACCGGUUCCGAAAAUCUCUCGCGAUCCUCCCGCGUUCAGAUAGUGUUAUCCUUGUUGUGAUUUCACUAAUUGGUGCUUUUGAGUGAGUGACGCUGAGAAUGUACGAGAAGUCGCAAUGGACAUUAUAAUGGCCCAAAUUACAUUAAAUGGGUAAUUGCAAUGUUCGACAAAAAAUGAACAGUGAUACACUAGUAAGCAGUUUUUCAACCGUGACUUGACAGACAUUUUAUCAUCAAAAUGAAAAACAGCGAAGAGUGUUUAGACUGAUACAGAACAAUAUACAGUAAAAGAAACGGUGUGAUAUUUAUUGAUCUUAUUUAACUAGUUUUAGUCAAUUGUGAAUACUAGAAAGAUUGAACUGUAAAUAGUGCUCAAAGACAGUGAAUAAGAAUUAACAAAGCAAAACCUGCUAACGGGUUAGUUAAAAUUGGAGAACCCGUGGCAGACAAAAUCGAGGCGACAGCGGCCAUUGCAGGCAUGGGAAUCAAAGUCAUGAUGAAAGCUUUCAAUAAGCCGAAAGACAUCCCAUCGCAGGUGCCGCCGCUCACGCCCGGCACCAACAAGAAGAUGGCCGAGGCGCUGAAGGCUACCUUCGCCUCCUGGGAGAAGGAGCAACUGCGCCUCGGUGUACCAAAAGAUCCACGACAAUGGAGCGAAGCAGCGGUGGCAGCCUGGCUGCGGUGGGCAGCCCGCGAAUUCUCCCUGGAAGGCGUAGCACUGCAACAGUUUGCGCGCGCGCAGGGGAAGGACAUCUGCGCUAUGGGCCGGGAGGAAUUCGUGGCCCGUGCGCCUGCCUUCAUGGGCGACAUCCUGUGGGAACACUUAGAAAUACUUCAAAAAGAUGUAGAAAAAGAGCGAUCACUGCUAGCGAAUGUGCCGCCGAACAUGUACGAGAGCAAUGUGUGCCUGCCCGAGCUGCCGGACUACAUCCCCCCGCCAGCGCACCACUAUAAUAACAACAAUAACACGGGUGGCUACACGACAGGCGGGCCCCGCGAAACCAACACAUAUUACACGGAGACGAGCGGCGGCGCAGCGGCCCCGGCGGCGGCGCCCGCGCCCGCGGCGGCUUCGCCCCUCGACGAGUACUACCAGCCGGAGUACCCGCCGCCCGCGCCGGCGCAGCCCUACCUCGACGAGUACUACCACCACGCGCACGCACAUACGCAGCCGCUGCUCACACACGAGCACAAAUACCAACCUCACUCGUACACGAAGCCAUAUCCUAGAACGGCGGGCGGCAGGUACGGCGGCGAGGUGUACGGCGAGGGCUACGCGCCGGAGUACGGCGGCGCGUGCGCCGAGUGGAGCGAGUGGCCCGGCGAGCAGCACGCGCUCAUACCGCAGGACAAGCUGCCCUACCCCGCUUCGGGGCCCUGCUUCACCGGUUCAGGGCCGAUCCAGCUGUGGCAGUUCUUACUGGAGCUGCUGACGGACAAGAGCUGCCAGGGCUUCAUCUCGUGGACUGGCGACGGUUGGGAGUUCAAGCUUACUGACCCUGAUGAGGUUGCCCGGCGCUGGGGUAUCCGCAAGAACAAGCCCAAAAUGAACUACGAGAAGCUAUCCCGAGGUCUCCGCUACUACUACGACAAGAACAUCAUCCACAAAACGGCCGGGAAGCGCUACGUGUACCGCUUUGUUUGCGACUUGCAAAGCUUGCUUGGAAUAUCCCCCGAACAACUUCACGCAAUGUAUGAACCUAAAAUGGAAAAGAAAGACGACGACUGAACCCGCUGCGAGCUCUCGAGCGCGCUCAACUACGGCGAUAUCACACCACUGUACUGAAGUACCUACUCUAUCGCACGUGCCACAUUAUAAUGCAAACUUUCGGUCACAAAUCUACAACUAAGAAAUUAUUUAUACUUUGCCAUUGAAUUCACAUACAUUUUUAUUUAUUUCCAUCAUCGAAUGAGUGUUUCGAUUGCUCGAUUUAACAACGACGAUGAUAUCCACAACUCGAUCAUGUUCAUACUGAGUCACGUUCCUGCGUUUCAUUUUAAAUUAAAUGUAGAAUUUCACAAACAAUGUCGGAUUUGAUCUCAUGCACAUCCACCAGUGGAAUUUAUUUUUAAUUGUAAAUGUAUAACCUAAAGGUUCUAUUAUAAAGAUUUAACACAAGUUUAUGUAUUACCAUACCUAUUAACCAACGGUGCCUUAACACUCACAGAAUUGUUAAUUCAUUCUUAAUCUUCCCCUUUAUUGUAUUAUCCUAGUGUGCAAAGGCUAUACGAGGCCUAUGAUUUAUUUUUAAAUUGAUAUAGGUACCUAUUAUAAUUAUCACGUAUCUUGAAUAACUAAAACGAUGACUUUUAAAAUAUAAAAUUUAUACAUAAAUAGAUAAAAUAGUGAAAUUCAGCUAUCAAUUUAAUAAUACUGUAAAUAUAAGUUAAUUUUGUUACUUUAUAAAAAUAAUUAGGUAUUAUAUUAUAGUAGAUAAUAAGUGUUGUAUGUUUGAUUCGAUUCGAUCGCAAAUUGUUGCAAUAUGCGGUUAAAUUAAUAAUUAUGUGAUUACGGACAUAACAAAUUGCUAAUAUUCCAAAAGUCCAAAGAUUAUUAAAAAAUGAUUGACCCACCAAUUGGUAAAAGUUACUGUAAAAUCACCAAAGGGACUACAUUAUCUGGAUUAUUAAAAUGAAAAAGCUAAUACCUGAGUCAUAUUAUUUUUUUGUUUUGAAAUAAAUAACAACAUAAGAAAUGUAUAUUUAAAUGAUUGCAACACCAGGUGACGUCACAAGUCGCUGAUCUCGUGGUAAGGGAUUGUAAUGUCUUACUAGUUAUGAAAUUAAUUAGUUGUAUUAUUUUCAAUUUUUAUAGCUCCUAGCAUACACCGAAGAUAUUUCGAUAAGUUUUAUUUUGUAAAGUAUUAUUCCUCCAUCAAUAUUAUACCUUAUUGAAGUCAAUCAUUAUGGCCUUUUUCAUUUAUAUCAAAGGUGCUGUGUUUGUGACGAUUAUUUAUUUCUGGCAAUGUCUUCCUCAUAAUAUUACUAAAAGUUUGUCAAAUUAAUGUAUCACGGCGUUGGAUUCAAUAUGUUAUCUAUUGUAUAAAUUGUAAGCUGAAUGAUAAAUGUCCUACUUUUCAGUUGAAUGUAUGUAUUGAUGGAAGAUAUAAAUUUAAAUAUAUAUAUUUACGAAAUUA